AUGUCAUUAAAUGACAGAGAUAUUUACGACUUAAUUGACAAAUUAAUUCAAGACUACAUCGAAGACAAUGCUCUCCUAGACAUAAUCUACGAAAUAAUUAACACAAAUAAAGCCUACAGAGACUACAGCCUUUAUUCCCCCAACCACCGACUUCUAGUUAUGCUAUCUGACUGAAUCGAAUCUUCCUUAAUAAACAACGCUUGUCAAGAAGUUGUUAAAGAAACUACUAACUCCCCCCCCCUCCGUGAGUGAACAAAAAAAUUUUGUUCACUCACGGAGGGGGGUUAAAUUUGUUUUUGUAAAAAAAAUUAUAUAUAAAUUUUUUAUAAAAAAAUUUUUUUUUCGAAAUUUAAAAAAUUCCUAAUUCGCAAAAAUUGGAAAGCAAAUAUUAAUUUAAUUUAUAAAUUUAUGUUUUAAAAAGCAAUUCGUCUAAAAUUAAACAGAAUUAGCUCUAGAUUUCAUUAUACUAAUUAUCGCUUAUAUAUCUAUUUUUUUUUCCAUAAAAAAAUUUUUGUUCACUCACGGAGGGUGGGUUUUUGGGCAAAAAAUGGCGAUUUUUUCUAAUGGUUUUGUUCACUCACGGAGGGGGGGGGGAGUAAAUAUAUCGUUAAUGACUAUCUUCGAAACCGCGUCGAAGAAAAAAUCGUUGCCGGAACCUUUGACCCUUUAGUGCUCGUUACCAAUUCUUUGACAGAAAAAACAAUUGAUAUGAUGAUCGAGCCUUUAGCUAAAGAAGUAAUUAAAGAAGAAGCUGAAGAUUAUAUGUAUGAAGCCAAUGUAAUUGGGCUCAUAAGGAAUGUUUUUGUGCCGAUUUAUUGUGAAGAAAUUAUUAGUGAGGCUGGAUGGGAGCUUGGAAUGGAACAGUUCUUUGAAGACUGCUUGGAGACUGUUAUAUAUGAGCAUAUUAUGGAUUUAAUUGUAGAUUGUGUAGAAAGCGAAAAAGAUAGGCUAAAUGAAAUCGCCCUAGAAGAAGCUUUUGGGGUAUUUUUGCAGAGGGCGAUUAUGAAGGAAGCAGUAAAUGAGUUGGAGUUUUUAAUUGAAAGGCAGAAUGAAGAAGAAGUGACGAGGGAAAGAGAAAGGGUUGAAGGCCAUGAACUUACUCCAUAUGUGCAGGGAAAUCAUCGGAAACUCAUUUGCGACAGAAAUGUUUUUUUAAUAUUUUUAAUAAAUAUUUUGAUAAUUAUUAAUAUUUAUUAUAAUAAAUCAAACAAGUUCUAUUAGCUUGCAUCCUUAAAACAUAAAUUAUUAAUUUUCAAAGUCCUAAAAACUAUUUAAAAAAAAAAUUUCUAUUGUACAGAAUAUCAGAGAGUUAGCACUUUUAUGAUGGAAAAACCAGAAAUAACGAAGAGCUUUGAAAACGUGCCCAUUUUUUUUAAUAAUGAAAGUAUGAGAAAUGGGAAUUUUUCAAUGAGCCAGAACAAAACUGAGACAGCAGGAGGCAAUAUGAGCAUUGGAGGAUUUGGAAGUCCUGGAGGUAAAGGAAGUAAAGGAGGGCAAAGUGGGCUCGGUCCAGGGAAAUCUUCGAUUCUUAAUAGUCCGGAUGUGCCUGGAGCUGCUAGGGCGCAAAGAAAGAAGCAAGAUCAAUCAGAAGAAAGCCAGCAGGGGCCUUUUUAUAGAAGAAGUGGCACUAAAACAUACUACAAUGAUCCUCAAUAA